AUGCUUCUGUCACCUCCAUCCAACCCGCAUCUCUUGACCACGCCAGCCUCACCUCUUACCAUUCCGCUCGACGCCGCACCCUCGCCCGCAUCCGACGCAUCGAUGACGGCAUUCACCUUCCCCUCUCCCGCCGUCAACUCGUACGGCUCGUCGCCCUCGGCCGGCCUCGACCUCUACACCAAGUCGAUCGACCCCACCUCGGACCGCAUCGGCGAGCUCCAGAAGUUCCUCCUCGGCAGUGACUGGUCCUCGCUCUCGUCGCUCAGCCCUCCCUCCGCCUCCGCUCGCGCCGUCGUCGAAGACACCCUCUCGUGGCCCUCGACCGAGAUGACCGACGCUCCGCUCUUCCCGUCGUCCGCCGACACCCUCAGGCCGGCUGCCGAGCCCACUGCCGCCGUUCAGCCUGUCGACAACGUCAGCGAGACCGGUGCAGUGACCCAGUCGCCUCCCGCCACCAUCUCGACCGUCGCUGCCCCUGCCGCAUACGACUCGUCCGUCACGCCACUUCACCGUCAGUCGUUCGAGGCGUGCUACAGCGACUCGGUCGGCUCGCCCGACUCGGAGCGCGAUUUCCUCACAUCGCCCUCCAUGUUUGACGACGCCGACUUUGAGUUCGACGCCGACUCGCUCGCCAACAACUUUCCGCUCUUUGGCGCUAACACCUUUGAAGACGUCUCGGACUCGCACGCCGAGGACCCGAUGACCACCUUCGCCUCCAACCUGGAGAACGUCAAGCUUGAGUCGGAGGAUCACGACUCGCAGUCCUCCGACGUCGACCUCGCUGCCAGCCAGUCCACCGUCAUGCCUUCGUACAGCCAGGUCAAGUCCGAGCACGACAGCCACGACACCAUGUCCACCCUCGAGGCUGCAUUCAAGGUCGAGUCGGAUGCUGACGGAUCUGCCGCCAAGCGCGAGCAGCCUUACGACAUGUGGUCCGCCGACGAGCUCAAGCCUUACUUUUCCGACGAGGAUAUCAAGGCCGCCGAGCUCAGCACCCUCGCCAACGCUUUCGGAGCCGAGCCUCUCAAGCUUCCGCUUGCCCUCGAGUUCGACCUGGACGCAGCCAAGGACGACGAGAAGCACGAUUCGCACGCCGGCCCCAUCCGCUCGUCGCGUGGCUCCCGAGACCAACGACGAGCUUCGCCCGUCAAGGCGCUCGGUGGUGCGUCGGCGUCCACCAGCGCCAGCCCCGCGCCCAUCAUCGACCCCGUGACCAAGGCGAAGCGCUGGCAGUGCCACGAGUGCGGCAAGUGGUUCGACCGCGCCUACAACCUCAAGACGCACCGAUACACGCACGAGGACCCCGAGACGCGCGCACGCCCCUUCGUCUGCCCCGAUGCCGAGUGCCACAAGCACUUUGCGCGCAAGCACGACAUGCAGCGCCACUUUGAAAACGUACAUCGCGGCGAAUCGAGAAGGUCCAAGGGCGCCUCUACAAAACGGAGCCGCGCGGGCGACUUGGGCUAA